GAUUUCUUGAAAUUGUGCUUCGUCUGGGAGUUGUUACCUGUAAACCUAAAGCUCUAAAAAGCAGUAAAAAAUUCAAUGCCUCCAGGAUUUAAUUGUGACCCAUAUUGAUUACAAUAUACAAAUCUGCAAGACAAUGAAAAAACUUUCUAACAGCCUGUCAAUGCAACAACUUGCACUACUAAAUUAGCUCCAUUCAUAGUAAUUUCUAUUCACUAGGUAUUUUAGUGUUUAUUUUGGAAGGAAACAUUUGCCAGAUUCAAUUUGAAAUUAUAGAACAAUUGUAAUUUGUAGGACAAUAUAUAAAUAACCAUGCUUGCUGUCUCUAAAAGAGUUGCAAUUGCAUUGAGUGGAGCUCAUUGGACUUCCUUGCCAACUUCUUUCUAUGGCUGCCUGCACUCUAGACAACACUGUAAUAAACUCCACGGGCAUGCAAAUCACGGCUCUGAUGGACAAAAAAGAGGAUGGAACAGGAAGGCUGGAUAUGGCACAGCCAUUGCCGUAUUUGGAGGAGCUGUGGCUACUGCUUGGGCGUUUAGCUCUGCUGAUUUCAACAAACUCAAAGCUGAAGCCCCUGUGUUGAUUGAUGAAGAACUGAAGAAACGCUUCGGUGUAAGGAAACCUGGGUUGCCUGAGUAUUCUCUGGAUGACGUGGCCAAACAUGCGAGUGUUGAUGACCGUGUUUGGGUCUGCUUCAACAACGGCGUUUAUGACAUCACAGAUUUUAUCUCACAUCAUCCUGGUGGAGACAAAAUUCUUCUCGGUGCUGGCGGUUCAGUAGAGCCGUUCUGGACGCUCUAUGCUGUGCACAAACGAGCUGAUGUCCUGGAGUUGUUUGAGACCUACAGAAUUGGUAACCUGCGCGAGGACGAUGUGGGCGUGUCAACGGCCAACAUGACCGACCCGUACGCCCUGGAGCCACGACGACACGUGGCCCUCAAACCUGCCUCCAAAACUCCAUUUAACGGCGAGCCGCCGCUCUCUCUGCUCGUCGAGCAUCUCAUCACGCCCAACGAGCUGUUCUUUGUGCGCAACCACCUGCCAGUGCCUGAUGUGAAGGAGAACGAGUACACGCUGGAGGUGUCUGGGUUGGGUGUGCGGGAGCUCAGCCUCUCCCUAGCCGACAUAAAGAAGUUCCCCCGACACACGAUCACGGCAGCCGUGCAGUGCGGGGGCAACCGGCGCUCUGAGAUGGUCAAGGUGCGGCCAGUGAAGGGCCUGAGCUGGGGCGCGGCGGCCAUCAGCAACGCCACGUGGACGGGCGCGCGCCUCUCUGACGUCCUCAGAGCAGCAGGCCUCGACGAGACCAACACAGAGGCCAAGCAUGUGCAGUUUGAAGGCCUGGACCUUGACCCCACAAGUCACCCAUUCGGAGCCAGCAUCCCGCUGUGGAAGGCAGUGGAGCGCAUCGGGGAGGUCAUCCUUGCGUACGAGAUGAACGGCGAGCCUCUGCCCCGGGACCAUGGCUACCCCGUCAGAGUCAUCGUGCCCGGCGUAGUUGGGGCCAGGAAUGUCAAGUGGCUUGGUCGCAUCAUCGUUUCUGAUGUAGAGUCGGACUCUCACUGGCAGCAGAAUGACUACAAAGGCUUCGCCCCCAAUGUGGACUGGGACACCGUGGACUUCAGCAAGAGUCCCGCCAUCCAGGAGAUGCCUGUUGUGUCUGCCAUAUGCGACCCUGGCGACGGUGAAACUGUCACUCUUGUUGACGGCAAGAUUAAUGUCAAGGGGUACGCAUACAGCGGUGGUGGGCGCAAGAUCGUGCGCGUGGACAUUUCGAGCGACGGUGGAGCGUCGUGGCGCGAGGUGGAGACGCUAGAAUCCGACGCAGCCGAGCAUCCAAAGGCCUGGGGCUGGACCCUGUGGAAAACUCAGGUCGAGGUGCCGAAGGGCACCAAGAGUCUUGAUCUGGUUGUUAAAGCCGUCGACUCAAACUACAACACGCAGCCUGAGAACUUUGAGAACAUUUGGAACCUGAGGGGUGUUCUCAGCCACGCAUACCACAGGAUCAGCAUUAAACUCAAAUGAGACAAGGACGCACUUUAUUGCUACUCAUAUCCUUUUUUUACAAUAGAUUUAUGUAGGUAUGUUUUUAUGAAGGGUGUGAAUUUAAUUUGGUACUGUUUUCAUUUUUAAUUUAUUACAUAAAUAUCUGUUUUAUCUCCUGGCGCGCUCUUCAUUGAAAUAUGCUGCUCAAUGCGAUCACGCAUGACGAAUUUUUAAAUUAAUUAAUUACGGGUUUACAUACGUGCAGAUGGCAAUCGAAUGAUUUCCAGCCCGUCUGGAAAUUCGAAGUUGCUGAUAUUUUUUAAUAGGAUAUUCGUGUCAAACCAGAGAAUUACCCCGAGUAUUGUGAAAUACUCGUCGCUUAUACCUAAGUGAAUUGAACGAUCCUCUCAAGUUCAGAAGUAGCAAUUUAUUCUAGUACAGAGCAAUGGACAUAAUCGUGCAUCGAAAAGUUCUAUAAACCAGCUUUAUUGUUUAUACUUAUGGAGGAUUAUUUAUUUACUGGUAGUUAUUAGAACAAAUGAAAGUGAAAUAUAUUAUUAUUAUAUUCUGUUUGUUAUGAUUAAGCUUUGGGAUGACUUUUUCUGGUAUCAUCUGUCGUCGUUUCUAUGCGUGCUUGAUUUGUUAUGAUAGUUCGGGGCAGGGCUAUUGUAAACUUCCAACAACUCUUACCUGUAACCAACGCUCUAGUUUUGUUACAUGCUUCAUCCUCCUGUUGAGGCAGCUCUCGACUGAACUAAAGGAUUCGUCACUCAUUUUGUAACUGCACUACGCGGUUUUCAUUGUUGUGUUGACAAGGGUGUUUCGGACGCAAAAUGGUUUGUUUUGAUUCAUAGACUUCAACUCAGUGUGAUAAACUUUAUUAGUAUUGGCUUCCCUGCUAAUGUUCGUAAUAAUUAUUUCAUGUGAAGUCGGACUUAAGAGGGAGCGAUGUAAAUCAUGAAUCUGAAUGGAUGAAAAGCUAUCUAAUAUAUGAAUCGGAAUAUAUGAAGAGAGAUCUAUUAUAUGAAUCUGAAUGUAUGAAAAGAUAUCUAAUAUUUAUGAAUCGAAUCAGGGAAUUACUCCUGUCAACUGUAUGCUUUCGUACCUUUAAACUAUUAUAAACCAAUUAAAUGUUAAAACUUCUAAUUACUUCUGCUAUACGCUACUUACCUACUUUUGUAGGUGCGUUCCGAUAUGGUGCUUGGUUACUGCAGUUUGUCAUACGGUAAUACGUGAUACUCUCGAUCCACUUCAUGUCAUACGGUAUUACGUGAUACUCUUGAUACACUUCAUGUCAUACGGUAAUGCGCGAUACCCUUGAUCCAAUUCUUGUCAUACGGUAAUACGAGAUACUCUUCAGUUAACCCAAACACGCUACUAACAAUACAAUGGUAACUCAAAUUAUUUUCUCAACCGGACGAAAAUCACUGACGGAUUCUAAUGUCGAUCAAGAAGUCGAUUAAGGAUAAUAAAUGUGUUAUGUGUUAAUAAAUGAGCAAGAUAGAGCAGCGCUAACUAGGAUCUGCACCUGAAUAACAUGUCUUGUUGAUUGAUAAUGCUAUGUUUGAUCAAGUGCUUGAAAUGUUACAGUAUUUUUAAUCGAAUAAAUUUUGUUUUGAUUCUCG